AACGAAGCGUCGCUCCGCAACAGCUGAAGAUGCUGCAACCUGACGCCGUCCGGCGCCAGUAAUAUUAUCAACCACUUUAGAAUUAGAGCCACCCAUAAAUUGUGUGUUAAUGUGUUAGUUCCCAUAGUGUUAGGCCUACCCCAGAAUAAUAUUGACAAGUGAUCGUUUCACACGUCAACGUAUUUGGGGGUACCCUUUACACAGGGCGAUUAUUAGUGACUAAUGUGCCUUUGUCGCUGGACCAGACGGGCCCAGCUGUAUGCAAAGUUUCGUCGCAAAUGUGCGACGAACAGUUAGUUAGUCUUGUUCGACUCUCCGACCAGUUCGUAGAGCUCUCCCUAAUUUCUGAUUAGCUAGUUACUAUCGACUCCUUUCACUUUUCCCUACUCUUCUUCAGUUAACCCAGUUCAGUGCCAAUUACGAGUUAUCUUGCCCGUUUCUAUUUUCCUAACUUCGUGUCUGUUUUGUGUGCGCAUUUGCGCUUAUUGUGUCGUGUGUGUACGCACGUCUGCCGUCGUGCAGUUAUCGUCCGUGUAUUCGUUUGUGCCGUGUUCUCAUUUUACUUCUUUCCUCUUCCCGUGUCAUCGGCCUCCGGCAAUAUCGCAUCAUGUUGCUGGCCCAAAUCAUUCUAUUCUUAGGCCUAUGCAUGCCGUCACCACUGGCCCUGAAUGCAACCGUGUGUGACUGCACCAAGCCAUUACACAUGGGAAUUCUCCAAUUCUCGGACGAAGAUUGCAGACCAGAGGAAGAUCAUUCUUCCUCCCUCACGGUCAAAUACUCCGUAUACACCGAAAGACGAGCCGAGGCGAAAUUCCCUGGUCAAUUAUGUGCCCGAUGGAAAAUUCAAAAACAUAUAUCAGUCGACUUUUUCGGAUUAGUAGUGAUCGUGACCGACAAAGUGGCGCUGGAUACUUCAUUCACAGAGUGCCAAAUUAUGUACGAAAGUCAUCGGUGCAACGACCAACUGAUGGUGUUAAAAGAAAAUAAAUAUGUGUUCGACGAAGAGCCUAGUGAAAGUGGAUAUUGGCUGCAAACAAUUAUAACAGAAAAAGUGAAUUGUGUCCUUGAAAAAGUGCCGCUAUAUCAACAAACGGAAGGCAGCGAAUUCUCCACACCAAUAGGAACGGCAUCAGCGACAACUGGCGGCCUGAUGCACAACCACUUGACACUCAUAUGGGACAAGACAUACACGCAAACCUCGGACCCAAAAGCCCGCGUGCUAGAGACCGGAAUUGCAGCAUUAAAAUUUAUCGGGAUUCCCGGGAAAUACCGUCUUACCGAUGAAGACAACGAACUAGUGUUCCACCUGGUGCUCAACCCAAGGUGUAUACCAACGCACCAGCAGUGUGCACGAAAAACGGGAGCGUUCGACGUAAUUGGUCAGCCAGACAUUUACGUUGUGACGGUACCAGUCAAGCCGACCAACAUCUCGCUGAAAGACAUCCACAAACAUACUCCCGAAAUAGACAAAGUGGACGUCACAGCAAAUCUCCAGUACAUGCGUGACAAAAUUAUUGAUCACGAAAACGAGCUCGCUCACGCAAUCGCUUCUCUUCAGUGCGACUCCCGGAAGGCGGCUCACGAACGAGCAAUUUCGACUGCCCAGUACAACGGCUGGUUAGCCGCAUCCCAACUCAACCUACCGGCGUGCGCCAAACUAAACGCGUUCGGGAAAACCGCUGUAAUGACUACAUGCACACCACAUAACGUGACCUUCGAUAUCGAGAUAACUUCGUGUGGUCCGCAGCCAAAAUACAAAAAUUUUACCAUCAACUUAGACGGUUGGGAACUUGUCCCGUUCUCACCGUGUUAUUGGACGAAAGGUUUCGUGAAUUUCAACAACAAACCGUUCGGGUACCGCGACAAUACCUGGGUCCCGAUCGAAGCAAAAAUAGUGCUCCCGCUACAAACAUUAGCCCACUCAUUUCGAUACGACGAAGUUAAAUAUUUCGACUACGCACAUCAAAGCAACCCGGCGUACAGUGACACGAUCAUAGAUCAUAUGAAUAUUAUGGCCGACAUCGCAGCGGCCAUGAACGAGCAUUCGGCCGGGAAUUAUUCACCCGCCCACAUCCCGAGCACAGCAACAGUGCUAGGAACAGUAGCCGACGCCGCAGCUAAAACAUCGUGGCUCGACCAGCUGACUAACUUCCUUUAUAUCGGAGCAGUAAUCAUAAUAGCCGUCGUCUCAAUCCGUGUCUGCAUCGCUUGCGGAUGCUGCGGCCUUAUCUGGAAAUUCUGCAGUCUUCUACGGAUCCCGACAAGAGCCUCCAGUGACCGCGAAAACGACAUUGAACUUGGGAUUACGGGACGUAAUCCAACGGGCCGGGGGAUGAUGUAACGAAGCGUCGCUCCGCAACAGCUGAAGAUGCUGCAACCUGACGCCGUCCGGCGCCAGUAAUAUUAUCAACCACUUUAGAAUUAGAGCCACCCAUAAAUUGUGUGUUAAUGUGUUAGUUCCCAUAGUGUUAGGCCUACCCCAGAAUAAUAUUGACAAGUGAUCGUUUCACACGUCAACGUAUUUGGGGGUACCCUUUACACAGGGCGAUUAUUAGUGACUAAUGUGCCUUUGUCGCUGGACCAGACGGGCCCAGCUGUAUGCAAAGUUUCGUCGCAAAUGUGCGACGAACAGUUAGUUAGUCUUGUUCGACUCUCCGACCAGUUCGUAGAGCUCUCCCUAAUUUCUGAUUAGCUAGUUACUAUCGACUCCUUUCACUUUUCCCUACUCUUCUUCAGUUAACCCAGUUCAGUGCCAAUUACGAGUUAUCUUGCCCGUUUCUAUUUUCCUAACUUCGUGUCUGUUUUGUGUGCGCAUUUGCGCUUAUUGUGUCGUGUGUGUACGCACGUCUGCCGUCGUGCAGUUAUCGUCCGUGUAUUCGUUUGUGCCGUGUUCUCAUUUUACUUCUUUCCUCUUCCCGUGUCAUCGGCCUCCGGCAAUAUCGGUAUGUCCCGCGUUUAACUCUUUAUCUCAUUUAUGUACUCUUAAGCUUAGAAAUCCAGAAUACAUUCAGCAAUUGUGGGAAGCCCCGAGUGUCAUUUAUUCGCUUGUGUUAUUUGUACGACCCGC